AUGGUGAUUGUGAAAUCAGAUAACGGUUCUUACCUAAGGAAAAAUACUUUAGUAUUGGGUUGCUCAAGAGGUGGUGCGUACAAAGAACCGAAAAGGAAAUUGAAGAAAGAAGACACAACUACGAGGAAAUUGAACUGUCCGUUCAGACUGCGAGUGUUAGAUUCAACGUACAAAACCAACAAGUAUAAAAUGCCUUUAUUUGAGAUAGUUGGCGUAACUUCAACCGAGGAGUCGUACAAUGUUGGUUUUGCCUAUAUUGCCAAUGAAAAAGAAGACUAUUUCACAUGGGCCCUUGAGACGUGUCAGAGUCUUUUGAAUAGUAAAGACACAAUGUCGAAGUCGACUUCAGAAGAUUCAUAUAUUGAUGCAGUUCUUGAGUUCAGGAAAGCAUUUGACCAAUAUCCAGAUUUUCUUAAAUAUGUUGAAACAACUGUUUUAGAUCCGGUGAAGGAAAAAAUCGUGAGCUUAUGGAUAGAUCGUGUUAUGCACAUUGGCAACACUACCACCAACAGAGUUGCGUCAAAACAUGGUUCGUUGAAAGAAUAUUUGCCGGAUCGUAAGAGUGAUUUGGUCAAGGCUUGGGAAGCGAUGAAUGAAAUGGUGUCAAACCAGCUGAAUAAGAUAAAGACGUCAUUUGGACAGAGUACUACGACCGUUGAACACUAUUUUAAAGACCACUUUUUGUACACUAAGUUGGUGUAUAACAUCUCUAGAUUGAUAAAAAAACUUCCGAUUAGACUGGACGAGAUUAACACUCAUUGGAAGAGGUUAGAAAUUAAAGAAGCUGAUGCGGAUGAAGUUGAUUGCUUGAAAGAGUUCAAUGUAAUUCAGGAACGAUUGAAAUCAUCAAAUCAUGCAAUGAAGCUGCAAAUCAGGGAUGAACUGCGAAAGAUAGCAUUUCCAGAAAUUACAUCGUUGACCGCACCGGAUAAACAGUUGGAUACAAAGGGUGCAAAAAAGCGGCCAAAGUCAAGUAAAUGCAACAAUUCUACCACCAGAUUUCCAUCUUAUUGGGAGCACAUUGAUGCCCGAUAUCCAGACUCUCAAGCAUCACAGUCAAAACCAUCCAAACCCAAAAAGAAGACCGCUCGCAUUGGUACUUCGUCUCCUAAUGCUAUACCUCGCCGUUCAAUUCCGUUUAUUGAGUACUAG